AGCAAGGCAAUCUCAUGUCAAGCUGGGCGCCAGACUCGUGGCGCUCAAAACCCAUCAAGCAAGAUGUCUCAUAUAAGGACACGGAAGCUCUUCAGUUCAAUCUUCAAAAGCUCACAAGACUCCCUCCGCUAGUCACAGCUGAUGAGAUUCGCAAGCUUCGCAAGUCACUUGCUGACGUUGCUCAAGGCGAAGCUUUUCUCUUACAGGGCGGUGACUGUGCGGAAUCGUUUGAUGAUUGCUCGACUGAGCCAAUUGAAGCAAAAGUCAAAGUCUUGCUGCAAAUGUCGCUCAUCAUGAUUUGGGGUGCUCGCAUACCUGUCGUCAGAAUUGCUCGAAUGGCAGGCCAGUAUGGCAAGCCAAGAAGCUCACCAUUCGAGACGUUCGAGGGCCGGCAGAUACCUUCCUUCCGUGGUCAUAAUAUUAACGGCUUCAGCCCGGAUGACAGGGAGCCAAAUCCUGCGAGAUUGGUAGAAGCGUACUUUCAUUCGAGUGCGACGCUCAACUACCUUCGCGGAUUGCUCAGUUCAGGCUUCUCUGAUCUGCGCGCUCCAGAGAAUUGGUCUCUGGACUGGGUCAAGUCAGGCAACAUCAAGGAGCAGUACUCCCAAAUUGUUGACCGCGUCAUGGACUGUCUCAGUUUCAUGCACACAAUUGGUGCAGAUUCGAGCGAUACAUUCAAGGCUGCAGAUAUUUACACAAGCCACGAAGGUCUCAUGCUAGAAUUUGAGGAGACAAUGACGAGGCUGGUCAAGUCAACACAGGACGACCAAGCAGCCUACUACAAUCUGGGUGCCCAUUUCAUCUGGAUCGGAGACCGAACACGACAGAUUGAUGGUGCACACAUCGAGUACUUCCGUGGCCUCGAGAAUCCCCUCGGCCUCAAAGUAGGACCAAGCAUGGAGUCUGCGGAACUGAUUCGUGUGCUUGAUAUCCUCGAUCCUGACUGUGAGCCGGGCAAGGUGACUCUCAUUUCGAGAUACGGAGUCGGCAAGGUGGAGGCAUUGCUGCCAAAUCACAUAAAGGCCGUCCAAGCGACGAAGCAUCAGGUCAUCUGGGCAUGCGACCCGAUGCACGGUAAUACACAAGCAUCACAGACUCACCCGCAUCUCAAGACGCGCGACUUUGAGCAUAUCCUCGGCGAGCUCAAGGCCAACCUCAAGGUGCACAAGCAGUGUGGCUCGCUGCUCAAUGCUGUGCACUUUGAGAUGACUGGAGAAUCUGUCACAGAAUGUAUCGGCGGUGCCAUCGAGACGGUGAUUUCUACCGAGAGCUACCAGACGUUCUGCGACCCACGGCUCAACUACAACCAGGCCAUGGAACUUGCAUUCCUGAUUGCCGCCCACUGGCGCGACGCUCCACAGUGAUAGAGUAAACUAAUUCGCAUAUAGCAUAAACAAAAGCAUACAUCUCAGGUACCUUUGUUCUUGCAGGUCUCUGGUUUUGAUGAUGGCAAUCCGUCUCGAUCUUGCUCGGCGCGUGUCUUGCAGCGUAAUUGCAAAGCGUGAAUGCCACCUUCUUGUGCCAUUUCCUCCUUGAGAAGUCCAUAGAUGAUGCGAUGCCUUGCAGCUAGCCGCUCGCCCUCGAAACGCUCUGACACGACAACAAC